AUGCGAGUAAGUAACUUCAACGAAGAACAAACUGCUUCUGUCGGCAAUUGACAACCUUUGCUUCUGUCGAUUGAGCGGGGGACGGUGAGUACUGUAUCUGGCGGGCUGAGGUGGCGGCGGGGAGAAACGAACAACGAACGACGAAACCUUCCUUUAUUAGGGUCGGAAGAGAAGACGUGAUGUGCUUAGGUCAUGCAUGUCUGGAAGGAGGUGAUCGCUAACGCUGUCAAUGUUCUUAAAGGAUCUCCUCGGCACGAUGUUCGACAGAGAAUUCACGUUCCUACUUUCUCCCUCCUCUCCUAUUCGGCGGGCAUCGUCCUUUCCCUCCUUCGUCGACCUCGUCGCCGUCGUUCGCGAUGCCCGCCAUUCACCCUAACCGCCACAACGACUCUCAGUCCUCCUCCUCUCAUCGUAGCUAUACUGACCGAGGUUCGCCUACUCACACGCGACGGCAGGAUGUUCGCGACGAUGUUCCUCAGGUUCACCAUGACGUUCACUACCACAUACAACUGCCCUCCUUGUCUAUGUAUUCUAAUCACGGUCCUUCUACAUCCAGUCACGUAUACCUCAAUCCUUCGAUACCCCCUGUUGUGCCCGUACAACGAAAUCAUGAUACGCACUUUCAUCUUCCCCCAUAUGCAGUGUCGCCUGGGACAGCGAUGGUACAUGGAAGCCAUCAGCAUGCUUCUUGGCAGCCGCAUCCUUUCAUUCGGAUCCCGCCUUUGGUACCACCUCCAGUCCCGCACAAGGUUUGGAUACUGGACUGCAGGUCCUGCGGAACGUUUCUCACCAAUAGGGGAAUGAAAGCGGUCCUCCUGUUGCGCCCCAAUGUCCCUCUCUACUCGACGGACGCAAUGCCAAUCAACUGUUCCGCUUCCGCAGCGAACGAUCCACCUCUCCUUGCUUCCUCGUCGCAAGGAAAUGCCGAGGAUAUUGAACGAUUCCACGUAAACACCCGGACGUGCGAAUGUCUUACUCAAACACUUUGCUGUCACGGUUGCGGCAACAGUGUCGGCUACAUGAUUGUCAGUCCGUGUCAUCGCUGCACUUCAUCUAUCACCGUCACCAAUCGUACCACGAAUGGACAUCGAUUCGUGUUCUACUCGAGUGAAAUCCUCGCGUGCGAGCGACACUACGUUCCCGGAGAAGAAGGCGUCCGGUCUCCUGUGGUCUCAUUACUUCCCGUUCCCGCUCCCAACCAGCCUGGCAGCUCAUCACAUGCAGACGGUUUUGCACCAAGUGAUAGUGGGAUGUUCGCUUCAUUAUCCUCCAAUAGCUUACUCAGCGACCCGACUUCAGACCUAAGUGACAUGGAGUCGCUAACAUCUUCCCCUCCUGCACUUUUCUAUGCCAGCAACCCGAGUUCUCCAUUUCGAGAUCAAGGAUAUCCAUAUACCCAGACCAGUCAACGGGUCUCACAGUCCCGUAUGCCCGACCUAUCCCCGGUGCCUUCCCAGUUACAGUCAACCCCUGCCUUUGCCUCUGCUCCUGGCGUUCGGGAAGUUCCGACACAUCGAUCUGAGCUUUCUUUCCAACCCCUCAAGACAGGAGAUGUCCUAUAUUGGCAUCAUCUCAUACGUAGUGGGGAGAUGCCGGUCGUCGUGAAUGAUUCGAGAGCCAGAAGAGCUUCUCUUUCAGCCAAGAUGACAGAGCUGGGCUUCAAGGGGGAUAUGCGUGGUAUCGGCCAGGAACGAAGUAGUUCGGUUAGCCGAGGUGUCUUUGCAGGACGAUGAUACAUGUACAGUUGUUUGCUUCGACUUGACUGAUGACAUUCAUGAUCAUGACAGUUAUUUGCUAGUCUGUUUGCCGUCGUCUUUAUCGUUCGUCUUUCUAUCCUGGCAUAUUUGUUCCAUUCAUUUCGCAACUUCUCCAUUGCCGAUGCCAAAGCCUGCUUGUUAGCUCACAUCUCUCCUUCGGACAUAUUGCCUUGUAAGUAAAUUCAUUCGAUUUGUAGCUUAUCUCUUUGUCACCAUACGAACUCUCCUUUGCUAUACCUAGUGUAUUGAUAUAUCUUCUCGAUAGGCCUGACCACGUUUCCAGUAAAUAAACAACCCUCACUCUCUCAGAGACAGAAAUCAUGGUCACGUCUAGACGUUUCAAAGACCCUUGAAUGUUUUCGAAGGUCAUUAGAGGGCCUCUUGGUCCCGAAGUUAGAACUUUCCUUAUUGGGCAGCGCACAGAUAGACGCCGUUAAAGGCGUUCAUAAACCUGUCGAAUUCAUUUCUCUCGAAAAGCAAUGAAUUUGCAAAGCUCGAGGCUAUCUUCUUAUUUGAAUGCGACAAUAAUAUCGACGCCUAUAUCUUGCACCAUUGUCUCGCGCUCUGCUAAGGACAAAUACAUAUGUGGCUGGUCUUGGC